CAAAGUCUUUAUCUUCACAGCUCUGGAGAGUUGUGACAUAUUCCCUAUCUUUAUGUGAAAAACCAAGUCCUUACUCUAAAAUUUAGUGAUGGCCUUGACAGUCACAGUAUCUGGCAUGCCAUGAUGCCCUGGGGACGGGGCAUUACCAUCACCUCCACUUAUUGCUCAUGUUGGGAUGUCCAUUGAAGCAUACAUAAAUACUCCCAGAGUUGCUCCUCUACAGUUGCAAAGAUCAUCGCUCUUCUACAUUCCUUUGACUGUGCACACUACUUGGUUGACCAGUUCAGUCCUCGCGACCAAAGAAUCGACCUCAUUAGUUCUAGUCACUUAACUUUCUAUAGCUAGCGGGGAUGGCUGAGACUGCUCCUGCUCCUGCUCCUGCUCCCCAGGCUGCUGAUGAUGAAGAAUCCAUCCUCCACGAACUGAAUGAGGCCAUAGCGGCCAACCCAGAACUGCGAGCCCCAACCCCCAAGCCUGCCGAAGGAGAAUGGGAAGACUUCGAUCGCCUUCUUGCUGAAAACCCACAGUUAGCCGCUCCAGUUAUAGCAUCCCCCAAGUCAAAAUCGUUCUACAAGUCCAAGGACAAAUGGGAGUGCCGCCAUGAAGGAGAAGAAAUCCAGACUGAUAUCGAGCGAGAUCCAGGCGAUGGGACACCCGAGGUUCUCAUCAACGAAGUCAGAGGCAUUUGUAACAAGUGCAUGGAGAAAUGGGUCAACCUCGAGAAUGCUCUGGAGCCAGAUGCCACCGAACUUGGAGGAAGCUCUCAUGGUCCUGCCGGGCCGCCAACAUAUGACCAGGCGCAGGGUGCUAAUGUGCUCGACGUGGAAGAUGACGAUCUGCAUCCACGUCCGUUAUUUGAUAUAGACGAUGGUCCUGGCAAGGGCAAGGGUCGCGCUGGUGGCCAUGUUCGCUAUGGCUCCGAUGACAAGGUUGAUGACGACGAUAGGUCAAUGUAUUCCCAGGAAGACGGUUUCAAAUAUCCUCCACCUGGUCUGCAGCAACGUCAUCAGGGAAGGUCCUUCGCUGAUGAUGAUGAUGAUGAUGAUAACGAUGACGAUGUACUCUAUGAUAUGCAUCCUGAUGGCCGACUGCACGAGGGUUCUCAAGGAGCCAGCUUGCCUAAUCAGGCCCCUCCUACCUUUCGGUCGGACGAUGAAGAUGAAUUCCCUCCAGUCAAUCCCCGUGGAUCGCAACGCUAAGCCUCCUAACCAACUCCAAGCGUAAUUCCGGGCAGGAUAUAUGUUGGUAUCAUAAUUUUCAACGAGGUUAUCCCAAUAUAGUGUUUGCAUGGCCGGAGAUCGUAGUUUAUUUAUUCCCGAAAUAGUCAUUUCGGGUACCCCUGCUUCUCCUUUCCAUGGCAUGGUCCGACGGGAUUCCCGGUGUUGACGUUUCUCUCAGACACAUUUUGCUAUAUGUGGUUGUAUUAUUAGAUACUCAAUAACCAAUUAAAUUCCACUUCACAUACCAA